CGUUUGGAACGGCACUUGAGCAGCGAAUGACUCCAGGAGUUCAUUCAGCACAGCCUUGAACUCGUUCGUUCGAUGUGUGCGCCGCGCUGCCAUGCCGCCGCCAUGAAACCACCACGACACACACGCCGUCCGAUCAACACUCACUAAGCAUGCAUCUACGUACACGUCAACCAACAUCAAAACAGGGCCUGCCUCAAAACUGAGCUGCAACGAGCGCGUAAACCCAUCACUCACUCACUCACUGUCACUCAGCCCCCUUCUUGGCCUUCCUGCCCUUCUUCUUGGCCUUCUUGGCCCCGUCUGCCGCUGCUGCUGCUGAUGUGGCUGCGGCUGCCGCAGGGAAGCUGCCGUGCCAGCCUGCCCGUUCCGGCGACCUGGCCUCCUCUGUGUUGCUGCCACCGUCGAUCUCUGUCACCCUGCCAGCCUUCUGCUUCUUCUUGGCCUUCUUGGAAGCUGAGGGGAGGGGCGAACCUGUGGCUAUGUCGUGGCCGUGGCCGUCAGCGUGCUCCGAGGUGUGGUCGUGAUGCUCCUCCAGCAGCUGCAGGUGGGUGGCCUUCCUCUUCUUGUUGGCCUUCUUGGCUGGGACCUUAUGGGCGAAGCUGGGGGUGGCUCGGUGAGGUUGAGAGGGGUGGUGGUUGGACGCGGCGUCCUGGGCCUGAGCGAAGGGAAGCAGACCAGAGCAGAUGAACCAAAGGACAGUAAGCAUCCAUGCCUGCAGGUGUGUGUACCGACCGACCUGUAUCCGUUGGAGUUUGCCGGCCAUCCUGUCGGCCUUUCGGCAGGUGCGGCCCUUGCAUGCCGCCAACAGCUCGUCAGAGUGCCGCCGGUGCUUCUUGGUGCUGGGCGAGUGUGCAGUCUCGUCGGCCUCGCUGUCGUCAUCGCUGUCGUGGGUCGUGUGCUGCAGCCCAUUGCCGGCAAGAGAGAGAGAGAGAGAGAGAGAGAGAGGCGAAGGGAGGUAGAUGGGAUGGAUUCACGACGACGUGUCGUGUGUGCACUCCAAUGGGUUUCUGCCUACGUGGUUGCGUACGUGUGUUUGUAUCUUGUUAGCGAUGUUGUUGUAGAGGUCUCCCCACCAGUUCUUCCACUGCUCCUCGGGAGCAUCCUUCGAAUCAGCACCCAACUGAGACAGACAGAGAUACACAGACGGAAGGACACAAGACAUGAUGAUGAUAAUGAUGAUGACGACGGACGUGUGUCGGUGCCCCCCCCCUCCCCUGCGAACCCCUAGCGCCUGUUCCCUCUUCUUGAUCUGGAGGCAGCUGGUCGUCCCCUGCUGCUCCCUACCGAGACCAUUGCCCCUGACAAACACACACACACACACACACGCACAGAUCAGGCGAGGUCAGGCGACUCGGGCAAUGCGACGCUUGCAUCUGUGUGUCGGGGGUGUUGUUGUUGGUGUCAUCGUGACCUUGGCUUACUCUUUCCAUCCCAUCUUCUUGAGCAUGACCUCCCCGAAGCUCGACUUGAAGGGCUUGCUCUGCACACCGCUCCCGGACAGCAGACGGUCGUAAAACUUCCUCGACAU